AUGGCAGCCUCCAGCUUGUGCAAUUUGUCUGGUAAAGUUGCGUUGAUAACAGGUGCUAGUUCUGGUAUUGGUGCUGCUACGGCUGUUUUGUUCUCUAAACUUGGAGCUCAGGUGGCUAUAACAGGACGUAAAGAAAACAAUUUAAAUGAAGUCGGAGCCCAAUGUGAGAAAAAUGGAAAGAAUAAGCCUUUCAUGGUUGUUGGUGAUUUGGCUAAAGAAGAAGAUACACAAAGAGUUUUAGAUUCAACUAUAAAACAUUUUGGUAAAUUGAGUAUUCUAGUCAACUGUGCUGGUAUUAUUGAAUUAGGAAAUAUUGAAAACACCACACUACAACAAUAUGAUAGAAUGUUUAAUAUCAAUGUUAGAUCAAUUUAUCACUUAACUAUGUUAGCAGUACCACAUUUAAUAGCUGAAAAAGGAAAUAUAGUUAAUGUGUCUAGUGUUAAUGGUAUGAGAUCGUUUCCAGGUGUUUUAUCUUAUAAUAUGUCAAAGAGUGCAUUAGAUCAGUUUACAAGAUGUGUUGCUUUAGAAUUGGCUCCAAAAUCUGUCCGAGUGAAUAGUGUUAAUCCUGGAGUAACAAUUACUAAUCUACAGAAAAGAGGUGGUUUAGAUGAUGCUGCCUAUGAAAAGUUUUUGGAAAGGUCUAAAGAGACUCAUGCAUUAGGAAGACCUGGUGAAGCAGAAGAAGUAGCACAAGCCAUCGCCUUCCUAGCCUCUGAUGAAGCGUCUUUUAUAACUGGAGCCCAAUUACCUGUAGAUGGUGGAAGACAUGCAAUGUGUCCAAGAUAACUUACAGACUACUUUUUAUAUUGUAUCGUAUUAAUUGUCGAACUUAAAUGUUUGUGAUUACGAAUUGUUGAUUUUCAAAUUGUGUAAGUGUUCAUUCGGGGCACAUAAUAAUGCAUUUUACUAUCUUUUGUUAAUACUUUCUAAAAGCUUCAAAGAUAGUUACCAAAAAUUUACUGUCAGAUUUAUUGCCCUGCUUUAUUGUAACUUUGCAUAUUGUUUGAAAUUUAUUUGUGAUCUAUGCAAAUAAUCUGAAGUGGCUACUUAUGAGAAAUGUAGUUUGGCCUCCUGUUUUGAAACUUAUACACAAACAUUUUUUGAGCAAAACAAGUUCAGAUCAUCUUGUUCAUGUUGAUUAAUCAAUGCUCUUUGACAUGUAUGCUGACAAGAAAAUUGCCAUUACAAUGAGAUUUUGGCUUGAUGAGUUGGGUGAAUAUUUUUUUAACACUAUCUAGGUGUGGUCCCAAGCAGAAUUUCAGGUUUGAAUAUUGUUGAAAUAUAAUCAAUGUCAUAUAAAUUACGCACGAGUUCGUUGAAAUUUUGUUUUAAAAAAUCAAGAUAUAUAAGGGCUUUAUGUUAGACCUGUUGAAUGCAUUUGCUUUAAUGGACGAAGACUGAGACUGAUAUUAUCAAUUACUGUUGAUUUCAAAUAAAUAUUUACAU